CUCCACUCCACUCCAUUUCCUCACCAUUUCAAACACGUUUCGUUUCUCCAAAAAUCCAGACAAGCACAGAGCCUGAAAAAAAUGGCGGGCACUCUGGCUUUGAUACCAAGCAAUCCGCCGGUUAUGUCAUCGUCUCUGAGCUCCAUCCGAGAGCGGUGGGAGGUCGAGUUCGCUCGCUUCUUCGGCUACCCUCCGCUCACCUCGACGUGUCCAGAUCUCGUCCCUCUGCCUAUGAAGGUCAGGAAUCGACGGCCGGUCGGUAACUGGAUCUCCGCCGCCUCCGCAGCCAUGCUUCAACUCAUUUAUGACCACUCCAGCUCCGACAUCAUCCUCACCGUCUGCUCCAGCGGCAAGAUCAUGGAGGAGCACUACGUGUCGAAGCUACUCUUUGCCUGGCCUCAGGUUGCAUGCAUGUCUGGAUAUCCUGCCAGGGGCAGUAGAGCCAUCUUUGCCAGCUACAGAGAUUCUUUGGGCCAGAUCCAGAAAUUUGCUUUUCGAUUUUUGACAGUCAAUGAAGCAGAGAAGUUCAUAACUCUUAUGAAGGAGAUUUUCAAGGAAGGGAGGGAUAUUCAACCUCUUAAUACUGACUAUGGAUCUGAAAUUUCAUCACAAUCUGAGUUCAUGUCUUCUAAUAGACCUCUAAAUAGAACUUCCAAGGACUUGGUCGUCAUGACUCCUGUUCACAGUCAUUCUCCUCAAAUAUCACCAAGCUUAAUGACGGCUUAUACUCCUCAAAUGUCACCAAGCUUAAUGAAGGAUUAUACACCUCAAAUGUCACCAACCUGGAAACACGAAGCAGCUCAACACAGACAAACGCAGCACAUGUCACCUAUUCAGAACUUUCAGAGCAACUUUGCUGCCUUUCCUCCUAGUUUCACCUCAUUAGUGUCCAACUGUCAACCUCUGGUUGAGCAAGCUCCAGCACAAUCAACUGCAUCAAAGGAAGUCGAUCUCAAGGCCCUAAUUGCGAGAUGUAUGGAAGACUCUUCCUUCCAAGAUAUAUUGAGCCAAGUUGAGACAGUUAUGGGCGAAAUGGGGGCUGAUUUGAAGCUGUAGUUGUCAUGUACCUGUAUCAUCUACGGCGGUCCACAUCACUUCUAUCGUUCCAACUUCCCAGCCAUGAGCUAGUCUCAGCCACCUACAUCCCAUAACAUGUUCAUCCUGAAUUGUUCCCCAUCUCUCUUAUUUCAAAUGUUAUACUUGAGUAGUUAAGUUCCUUGUUAGCGUUUUAUAGCUAAGUGGACUAGUAGGGAUUUAUAGCUCUGUCUCUAAAAUGGUACAUUGUCUAACCAUUUUGUUCUAUCGUAAUAGAAAGUUACCAUAGAAAAACAAAUCAAAUUAUAAUAUUUGGUAGUAGAAGCCUUGUCCAGGAACAAA